AUGUCGCUGCCGUCGCAGUCGCACCUGUCGGGCAGCAUGGAGCGCAAGCGCGUGGGGUCGGGGUCGUCGCUCGCGCCGUCCGCGGCGGCGGCGGCGCAGGCGCCGCUGGUGUGCCACGGGCACUCGCGGCCGAUUGUGGAGAUCGCGUACAGCCCGAUCACCGACGACGGCUUCUUCCUCAUCUCCGCCAGUAAAGGUGCGCGCGCCCCCCUGUCCGCCAGUAAAGGUCCGCUCGCCGCACUCCUCUCCCCCCGUCUUCCCUCUCCAUCAGUAAAGGUCCGCGCGCCCCACCCCCCCUCCCUCUCUCUGCCAGUAAUGGUUCGCGCGACCCCACCCCUCUCUGCCAGUACAGGUCCCCCCCCCUCCUCUCUCUCCGCCAGUAAAGACGGCAAGCCGAUGAUCCGCAACGGCGAGACGGGCGACUGGAUCGGCACGUUCGAGGGGCACAAGGGCGCCGUGUGGGGCGCUUGCCUCGACCGCCCCGCGCUGCUCGCCGCCACCGCCUCCGCCGACUUCACCGCGCGCAUCUGGGACGCGUUGACGGGCGACGAGAAGCACAAGUUGGAGCACAAGCACAUCGUGCGCACCGUCGACUUCUCAAAGGACUCCCGACAGCUAUUGACGGGCGGAGCAGAGAAGGUGGUGCGAGUGUUUGACUUGGCUCGCCCCGACGCCGGCCCCACACUGUCGCUGGAGGGUAUGGCGGGGCCUGUGCGCUGCGCCAGGUGGCACAACGACGACCGCUGGAUCCUCGUCACCUGCAAUGACGUGGCGGGCGUCAAGGUGUUUGAUGCGCGCAGCAAAGACGUGGUGGGCGUGAUGGCAACGGACGGCGCGUGUCUCAGCAUGGACAUCUCACCUGCUGCUACCGGUGGUGGUGGGGCGGGGGGCAGCGCAUUCAUCACCACGGCUGAUGGCUCCACUGUCAAGAUCUUCGAUGCGCGCUCGCUUCAAGAGGUCAAGUCACAUCGAUUGCCACAUCAGGCUGAGUCAGCAUCCUACAUCCCGUCAACCAAUCGGUUUGUGGCGGGCGGUGAGGACCUGUGGGUGCGGGUAUUCGACUAUGAGACGGGCCAGCAGCUAGAGUGUCACAAGGGCCAUCACGGCCCAGUGCACUGCAUUCGCUUUGCCCCCGAUGCACUCUCCUACGCAUCGGGCUCAGAAGACGGCACCAUCCGCAUCUGGAAGCUUGCCCCCGCUACUGCUGCUGAAGGUGCUGCUGCUGGUGCUGCUGGUAGUGCUGCUGAUGGCGUUGCUAGUGGUGCUGAUGCUGCUGGUGCUGGUGGGAAAGGGGAGGGUGGAGAGUGCAAUGGAGUGAGUGGGGUGGUGAGGGUGGGGGCAACGGAGGAGGUGAUAAAGAAGUACCCGGCUGCCACGUCAGCCUCCACCUCCCUUCCCUCCCCACACCAACCAUCCGCGCCCCUUCCGCCCAUGGCCGCGUCUCCGCUGCCCUCCUCCGCUCCGCCGCCCGAAACCGCCGCUCCCGCCGCGUCCUCCCCCAACUCUCCCCCUCCCCCACCCCCCACUCCCCGCGCGCCACUCUCUCUCCGCCUGUGGCGGGACGCGCGCAGCCAGCGCGUGGCGCAGGCGGCGGCGUAUCACCCGUUCGUGCUGGCGCUGGGCGCGGGCACGCUGCCGCGGCGGCGCUUCGUGCGCUACUCCCUGCAGGACGCCUUCUUCCUCUCCGCCUUCGCUCACUCGUACGGCGCGGCAGCGUCACUACUGGAUGGGGGUGAGGAGGACGGCACGGGGGGAGCGGGGGGAAAGGAUGGGGCGGCGGAAGGGGAGGAGGAGUUGAGUGUGCGGGCGGUGCUGCAGCGACUGCAGAGGGAAGCGGAUGGGGAGCUGCAGAUGCAUGCUGCUACUGUCAAGGCAUGGAUCGAGGAGUCAAGCGACUCACAGGCUGCUGACGCCACUGCUGACGUCACGGCGGACAGUGCCCCCCUGCCUGCCACACUAGAGUACACGUCGUUCCUCUCGCACGUGGUGGCGGGGACGAGCGGCGUGUGGGACUCCCAUGGGCUGGGGUCACGGGUCGAGCAGGACGAGAGCAGCGCAGGGCAACAUGCGUGCGAGCAGGGGAGUCACCACAACCAUGUGCCCCACAGCAGCAGCUGCAGCAGCAGCAGCGAAUUGGUGGUCCUCUCACGGCCUGCUGACUGGAUAGCUGAGAGCGAUCGCUCAUCCCCCGCAGCGCGGCGGUGGCACACGCUGUGUGUGCUGGCCGCCAUGCUGCCCUGCAUGCGCCUCUACGCUUCAAUCGGACACACCAUGGGCGGCGCUGCCUGGGGGCUGCACGCUGCAGCAGCAGGGGGAGUGGGUGGAGCGGAGGAUGGGGAAAGGGGAGGAGGGGGAAGCAACGAGGUGGGGGUGAAGGGCAGGGGGGGUGUGUCGGAGGAGUGGCGGUGGCACCCGUACGGCCAGUGGUUGCACACCUACUCGUGCCCAGGCUUUGAGGUGAGGCUGCACCGCUUGCCACGCCACACCACUCCUCAUUCCCUCCUUACUGCCUCUCCACCAUGCCUGCGGUGCUGCAACCCCCUCCCCAUGCUGCCCUGCCCGCUGCAGGCAGCAGCAGCGCUGUUGGAGUCGGCAUUCGACCGCCUCUGGUCGCUCCACCUGCGCUCCCUGCACCCCUCGUGCGCGCCCUCAUCCACUAUGGAACUGCAGCAGCAGCAGCACGUGGCAGAGCAGCACCUAUCGCGGGUAUACAGCAGAGCCAUGCAGCUGGAGCUCUCCUUCUUCCACGCCCAGCUCGCUCCCUUCCCUGCCACACCACCGCCGCCGCUGCCGCCCCCCCACGCGUCCGACGCCCCACCCUCCCUCCCUGCAUGGCCGGGCUUUUUCCACCUUGCUUCCCAGGAAGGGGCGAGGGCAGGCAGGGAGGCGUCAGGAGGAGGAGGGGAGGCGGGCGGUGAGGGGACAGCAGCGGGCGUGGUGUUUGCAGUGGACUUUGACGGCACGUGCACCGUGGACGACUCCAGUGCCCUGCUCGCCCGCCUUGCCCUCGCCCACGCCGCUCCCGCCAGUAAGGGCAUUUCUACCAACGAUGAUGCAGCUGCUGCUGGUGGUGGUGAGUGUGGUGGCAGCAGGCAGCAGGUAUGGGACGACCUGGUGCAGCAGUAUCGCGUGACUGGUGUCGCCGCCCUGCAGGGCAUCCCCCGGAACGCCAUGCUGGCAGCGGCCAGGGAGGCUGCUGACGUGGCGGAGGGGGAAGGGGUGGGGCAGGGCCGGGGGAGCUUCAGGUCUGGAUGUGGGCGAGUGCUGCGGCGAGUGGAGGGGGAGGGUGGUGUGGUGCAGGUGGUAUCUGUGAGCUGGAGUGGGGCGUAUGUGGGGGAGGCUGUGAGGCAUGCCAUGCGGAUGGCAGGGGGGAAGAGGGACAGCACAACAGACCUGCUGCCGCUGCUGCGAGCACAGGUGGGCGUGGUGAUGGCAGGUGGGGCAUCCAGUCUAGAAAGGGUCAUCCAGGCCUUUGGUGUCCACCGCCUGCCACUGGUGGCGCUGGCUCUGCUGCACAUGCAGCAAGGGGCGGCGGGAGAGGCGAAAGUGAAUGGGGAGGGGUGUGUGGGUGCCCGCCGUGUGAUGGAGGUGGCACCAUGGACGCUGCUUGAUGCGAGCUGCUGGGAGGAGCUUGAGGUGUUCCUCUUUGGCAUUCAUUUCACUGACUUUGAUAGCCAGUGGUCUGGCAAUGAUGCCAUUCAUGGCUACUAA